AUGCCUCCAUUCCAAUUUCUAACCCGCGCUUUCGAUGUUCCCACUGCCGAAUUUUCUCUGCAAUGGCAGAAUCUAGGCGAUUUGUUUACGAUGCUGCUCUUGCUCGGCGGUGACGUCAUUAGCCGUGCGCUGGCACAGCUUUCUGGCACUGAAUCAUUUGUUACACCUGUCGCCUUCUCUUUUGGAUGGGUCGGCUUCGCCGUGACAGCGCUCCUCUCCGCCAUCGGCGAGAACAAGCUGAUGCCGGCGCCCGACACCUCGUGCCAGGUCAUCAACGGCCACAGCGCCUACGCGCGCACCAACACGUCCUGGGUAAUCGGCCGGCUGGUGCGCGACUUCGAGCACUGGAUGCCUUCGCAGACGCGGCAGCACCUGCAGCACAUGCUCGACGCGCGCUGGCAGGAGAACCGCGAGAAGGCCGCCCGCAAGCACGAAGCUAAGCAGAAGGACAUGCUGCUCCCCUUUACCUCUGCAUCAUCCCCCGUCCCCCCGCCGCGCCCCAUCCAAGCCUCCCUCUGCGUCACCGUCCUCGCCGCCGCCGCACACCACCCCGCUCUGCCAACCCGGGACGCUGCGUACCUAAGCGGCCUCGCGACGCUCGUCUUGCAACUCGGCAUCGCCGCCAUCCCGUACUUCGUCUGGGGCGCCUGGAGCGUGCUGGUUGUGACGGCAGCAGGGACGGUUCUCGCCGCCGCGACGGCAGCGCUGCCGCAGUGGGCGCGCGAGAAGUGGGCGUGCCGGCGAGACAGCGACAAGGCCGUCGUGCUGACCCGCGGCAACGGCGCGCAGCACGCGCUCGUCGUGCUGGGCGAGGGGCGGGGGCUGGACUUCGAGGACCUAGCCGCCGGUCCCGCGAACCUCGAUCUGUCGGGGAGCAGGGGGAGUGUGGCGGCCGUUGUGGGGUUGAGUGGGUUGUGGGUGGCGCUGCUGGUGGUUGCGGCGGCGGGUGGGGUGGUGAGGGAGUACGCGGGGUUUAUGGUGGCGGUGGGCGCGGUGGGGAUGGCGCAGAAUGUUUAUGUGGCGGGGGCGAGGCGGCGGCCGGAGGCGGUGGGCGUGCCGUUGGUGUUUAGGGAGGUUAUUGGCGAGACGAAGGUUUUUGAGACGCUGUUGAGGGUUGAAGAGAGGUAUCCGAAGGUGGGGAGGAGCAUGCUUGAUACGUUCUUUCCCGGUGGGCAUUUGAGCGAGGAGGAGCGGGCGAGGUGGAGGGCGGUGGAGGAGAAAAGCAGCGCAAUAAAAUGA